AUGUGGGCCGCAGGCUUUGGCCUCCGGGCAUAUAAGGGGGGCCAAGGGCAACAGGCCCCUCAUAUCAGUCAGAGCUCCCCUCUCUCAGCCCAGCCUACUUCCUCUAUCUGUGCCACUCAUCGCACCGCGGCCAUGGACGUCUUCUCGCCCUCUCAAGUCUUCUACGACAGAGCUUGCGCUUCUUCUCCAGACAGCUUGGAGUUUGGCCCCGGCGCGGAGCUUGCCGGGUCAGAGGAAGACGAACAUGUCAGGGUCCCGGGGGACGCUCACCAGCCGGGUCACUGCCUCCAGUGGGCUUGCAAGGCCUGCAAGCGGAAGCCCAGUUUCGUGGACCGCAGGCGAGCCGCCACCAUGCGCGAGCGCCGGCGGCUGAAGAAGGUCAACCACGCUUUUGAGGCGUUGAGGCGCUGCACCUCCGCCAACCCGAGCCAGCGUCUGCCCAAGGUGGAGAUCCUUCGUAACGCCAUCCAGUACAUCGAGAGCCUGCAGGAUCUGCUUCGUGAGCAGGUGGAGAACUACUACAGCCUCCCUGGGGAGAGCAGCUCCGAACCUGGAAGUCCUCUGUCCAACUGCUCUGAUGGCAUGACUGAAAGCAACAGUCCAGUGUGGCAGCCCAUAAACACAAACUACCCCAGCAGCUUUCCAUACGUGAAAUCCGAGAAGUUUGGGGACAGAGCAGCUGGCGCGUCCAGCCUGCAGUGUCUCUCCAGCAUCGUGGACCGCCUGUCCACAGCGGAGGCCAGCUGCGGUCCCGUCACCCUAUCCACGUUCUCACCGGGCAGCAGCGACUCACAGCCCGGCACGCCUGACAGUCCCGGGUCCAGACCCGUCUACCACGUCCUGUGAGGGGCACAUUCGCCCAAACUGAACUGUCAUCUUGUACAUGAACCUGUAAAUAUGUAUUAUAAAGGCUCAAUAUUCCUCGCAUACUCAGUGGCUUAUAUUUAAU